AUGGCGUUCACACCUUCACAAUUGGCCCUGCGGCGGGCGCCCCUGCCGGGGGAGGCGGGCGACCCCGAGGUCGCGGCCCCUCGCAGUCGACCGCACCGCGGAGUCCCUGGGCGCUGGCAGUGCCCUGGCCGGCGGGGGGGAGGCUCGAGGCAAGCCCGAGGCGUCGGCCGCACGGUGAGAGCGCGGCAGGACGAUUCUGAGUUUGCGGCUGAUGAUGGGGAUGCGGGAGAUUCAGCCACUGGGGAUGACAGGUUGAAUCAGGAAUCAGUGUGGACAUCUGUCAUGUCUUUGAGCCAGGACAUCGACUUGGGUGGGGUAUUGACUGCUGAAGAGAGGACUCGGCAAGAUGAGCAGAACGACUCAAUAUUUUAUUCACGCCCGAGACUUGUGCGUUAUGUGGAUGAAGGUUUUUGCAACCGUCUCAAAGGAUGGUACGGUGAGCACCUGCAUCCAGGUGAUUAUGUGCUGGACCUUUGCUCAAGUGACGACUCCCACCUCCCAUGCGCCUUAGAACUGGCAGCAGUGGAGGGGCACGGAAUGUGCCAAGGGGAGCUGGCCGCAAACCCUGCCCUCACAGGAUACUUCAUUCAAGACUUGAACAAUGAUCCCACUCUGCCACUGCCCAACGACAAAUUCGACGCUGUGCUGUGCUGCAUGGGGCUGCAGUACUUGGUGUACCCCGAGAAGGUCUUGUCGGAGGUGCGUAGGGUGCUGAAGCCUGGUGGGAAGGUGCUGGUCUCGUUUUCGAGCCACUGGUUUCCAGAGAAGACAGUGACAGCUUGGCUUGAGAGGACACUGGAGCAACAGGUGGAGCUGGUGAAGAGUCUGCUCGAUUCUGCCGGGUUUGAGGACACUAGGAGCAUUGUCUGGAUACCAGAGGACGAAGCUCCCAGCUUGGUUUCGGACAGCAUCGUGGAGGCGACAGUCGAUGGGGAGCUGCAGGUAGUCUCGAGUGUGAGUGGAGAGGAUGAUGAUGGGUUGUUAGAUGUGGCUUCCCUUGCACAUGAAGAGGAUGCUGUCACGAUGGAAGAAAUGCUUUCACAGCCCAGAACAGAGGACCACUGUCCAGACCCAUUUUGCGCUGUGCUGGGCGUGUGCCCUCAAAUGCCCGAUGGGGGCAGCAACGAGUCUAGUCUCCCAGGGUCUGUGGCCUUUUCGGAGGCGUCAGAACUGGCUGAACUGUCAGCCAGCGCAAGGGUGCUGGACGAAAUGGAGCUGUGGGAGGGCAAGGAAGUUGGCAUGCAGACACUGGAGAGGUGGGCCACUGUGUAUGGCAUGCUGUGCCAGGAGGCGGAGGCCCUUGGCAUACCUAAGGAUGCUGUGCCCAGGAUCGAAGGAGAUUUGACCUUCAGCAGCCUUAGGGAAAAGAGGGACCUGUUGCGUGGGAUGAUGGCGUCAUUCAGGAGCUCGGGGCUGUAG